UUUUGUUUAUCUGUUUGGCAUUGCUGUAAUAGUAAUAAUUUGUAAGCGUAAGGCGAACAUGGCGUUAUUGUUUUGUGCUACGCUCCAUGUAAUUUUUUCCAUUGCAAGUGGUUUAGAUGCUGAUAUUUGGAGAGAAGCAAUCGAAAAACGAUUGUCUUCGCUUGAGCAAUUCAAUGUUCACCUUCAGGAAGAAAAUGCGAAUCUUCGGUCCCUUAUUUUAGAAACUCGACGUGAAAACGAACUUCUGAAAGGAGAGUUAAAUGACGUAGUUAAACGCGUCAGUAAGUGUGAAGAGGUCAUUCCAAGGCAGGAAGAGGACACCCAGAAUAACGUGAAAAGAGCCACGGAGACAGGGCUAUUAGACGAUGGUAAUGAAGUCCUUACAAAAGGCAAAGGUCAACCAGGUCCAAGGAUAGUACAUCCUGACUCCAACAUUGAGUCUGGCGUGGCCUUCUACGGGUACCUGUCCCAGAACAGCGCUCCAAACCUACCACCACAUCACUCAAUGGUCUACGAUACGGUAAUAAUCAAUAAGGGCAAUGGAUAUAACAAGGGGGAUGGGAUAUUCAUCGCACCUGUCGCCGGAGUCUACGCCUUCCAUUUCUCAGUGUGUGUCAUUGACGGCCCAGAAAUUCCUUGGGCUAGUCUUGAAAUCACACUCAAUGGAAACAGUCUUGGGUCUAUUUUUGAAGAAAGUUCAGUAUCACGAGGUGAAUAUCACUGCAGUAGCACGCUAGUCAUAUCAGAUGUUCACGUCGGAGACCACGUCUUCAUCAGAACUCACACAACUACCCGAGGACAUAUUCAUAGUAGCCCAAUAGGACGAACCUCGUUUUCUGGGUGGCUGCUGUACAGAUAGUCUGUGAUGUACUUGUAUUAUUACAUCGUGUUUGAUGAUCGAUUGAUUAAUCGACUACAGUAACUGAAAUAAAAAUUGUGAAUUAUU